GCUUCCUUUCCAUUCCAACCUCAGAAAAACAAUCUCCUCCUGUCCUAGACGCCAAGGCGACAACCCUGCUCAGCAGUGUCACUUCCACUCAGCUUCGCCAUGGCCACGCUCGCCAUGCACCUCAUCCUCUGCUCCUCCACCUCCUCGUCCCCCUCGCAGCGCCGCCGCCGGCCCCUGCCUCCCGGCGCGGGCGGCUCCGACAAGUCGCCGCCGCAGCAGCAGCAGCCGGCGCCGCAGUCCGCCACGCGGCGGCUGGCGGUGGCCGCGUCGACGGCGCUGGCCGCCACGGCCGCGCUCGCCGCGCGCCGGCCCGCGGCGCCCCCGCCCGCGAUGGCCGCGGAGGCGGCGUUCGUGCCCGCGCCGACGCCGCCGGGGGCCGUGCCGCGGUGGGGCACCAAGUCGUACGUGCGGGAGCGCUUCUUCGAGAAGGAGCUCACCGCCGAGGAGGCCGCCGCGCGCAUCCGGCAGACCGCGGAGGGGAUGCGCACGCUGCGCCCCAUGCUGGAGACCAUGUCGUGGAAGUACGUGCUCUUCUACGUCCGGCUCAAGUCCAAGUACCUCGACCGCGACCUCACCACCGCCAUGGCCGGCGUCCCCGCCACCCGCCGCGCCGACUACGUCCGCGUCGCCAACGAGCUCGUCGACAACAUGACAGAGUUCGAUCGCUUCGUGCGGACUCCCAAGGUCUACGAGUCGUACCUCUUCUACGAGAAGACGCUCGAGUCGCUGGAUGACGUGGCAGAGUUCCUCGCCUGACGUACAUAUAUACUGUAUAAGUUGUUCUAGGAUAUGCAUAUGGCACUGUAAUUUGACCGUGGAUGAAGGUUUCGAACACAAUUUUUUUUAGAAAAAAAAUACAUGAUUGUUUUCGCGCAGCA